UUUCAUCAGAAAUUGCUUCAGCAAUUUUGGUCUUUGACGCGAGUGGGGAUAUUGCCCAUAUGAAAAAAAGUAUCUCAAUAUUUCCUAGGAUCGCGUCAAAUUAGUUGGACUAGGCAGUGGCUAGGGGUACAGUAAGCGGACCUCUAGACCCAGAGUCUAGAGGUACGGUUACCGGACCUGUAGACUGUAGACAACCCCUACAGGGCAGGCUAGACAUCCAGUAAUCGAUAUGAAUACUGAGCAUUGUAUUACAAAGAGCAGACUAUAUUUUAUCUUUAAAAACGAGAGAUGAUUUCCAAAGAUUGUUCUUAUGUUUUUCUUGUUGUUUUAAAUACAUGGUAAGUCAAAGGAAACAGAAGUAUUUAUAAUUCUUUAAUCACAGGGAAAAUACGAUCGCAAAUUCGACAGAUAAUUAAAUCAUUUGGUAGGCUGUAAUCGGAAGCUUUUAUUGUUUUUUUCGGGGCUUAAAAUGUAAGAAGUAGAGUAAGUUUAACGCUCUUUGCGUCAAGUGUCUUGGUUUCACUAGCCCUAAUACAAAAGUAGUUGCUGCUUAUUCGACGGUAAAACCUGAUCAUUUAUAGUAAUUUUGUUCCUCCCACAGAAGUUACUGUUCCCAAUAUGUGUGGUAAGCGUGAUGUCUUGCAUCGAAGUCAUGAAAUAAAGGGGCAAGAACUUCUUGUAAGACUACACAAAAUUUAAGUUACCCUAUAUAUGUUUAAUCCCCAUCCCAACUUCACUAUGUAGACAUUUUAUAUUAUGGACUCUAAUAAUAUAUUAUCUAUUAACAUUGUGUUGAUCAAUUGAACAAUGCCUGCUCUCACUGUGAAGCAGUGUUGGUGGCAGUAGUGGCAUCACAACGGAGACAACAAGAAGAUGGGCUAAAAAAGUCUUUGUUUGCUGUCUCCCGAGCCUACUCUGUGAAGUUGGGUAGGUAGGUAGGAUUAUACUGUUGUGUCAUAAGAACCCAGAUGGAAUCAAUGAUGCUCUUAUACAGGAUGACAUGCCACAGUUUGAUGUUAAACAGAGAGUAACUGCCAUAAACAGGCUUUUAUCUACUGGCCGUAUUGACUUAUUGAAGAGCAGUACAGGGAAACUGAUCUAUAAGUUGAAAGAUCCAGGGGCCACAGAUCCUGUGAAAGGGGCAGAUCAACAGGAGAAAGUUGUCUAUCAAAUCAUCAAAGAUGCCAAUAACAAAGGAAUCUGGAUCCGUGACAUCCGGUUUAAGAGUAAUCUCUUAUUAACACAAGUAAACAAGAUCCUGAAGAACCUCGAGAGCAAGAAGCUUAUUAAAGCUGUGAAAUCUGUAGCUGCCUCCAAGAAGAAAGUGUAUAUGUUAUACAACCUAGAGCCAGACAGGUCGGUAACUGGUGGAGCAUGGUACAGUGACCAAGACUUUGAGUCUGAGUUUGUGGAAGUCCUAAAUCAACAGUGUUAUAAAUUUCUUGUACAAAAGGCUGAAUCAGCACAAGAAACCAAAGUUGAUCCUAUAGCUCAAAGGAAUGGUUCCUAUGCUUCUUCACAGGAUGUAUGGAAAUAUAUAUCAGAGCUAGGUAUCAGUAAGGUUCAACUGUCAGUUGAGGAUAUUGAGACGAUAUUGGACACCCUAAUUUAUGAUGGAAAAUGUGAACGAUCUAUAGUAGCAGCAGCUGGAGACUCGGGUCAGACAAAGUUAUAUAGAUCAGUUAAACCUAUCAUAGAAUCAACAGGUCUUAUGAGGAUGCCAUGUGGAUCUUGUCCUGUGUUCCACAAUUGUUAUGAAGGUGGAGCAGUUUCCCCCACUUCCUGUAUCUACAUGAAAGACUGGCUGCAGUUAUGACACCUGUGUUAAUAGAAUCCAUGUAUAAAAUCUGUCUUUCUCAAAGACUUCCUGAUGGUUAUGGCAGGAAAUGGACAUAAAACUAUGCCAGGGAAAAGUUUGAGUACCUCAUGACAUUGUACAACUAAGAGAUAAUUUGUCAGCCAUUGAUGUAGCCCAAAAAUAUACUGAACAGCAGAAUCAUAA